UAUGGCUUUGUCAUCAGUGAGUCAGCGAAAACACAAUGGCCAAAACGGAAUAAAAACAAAAUUCCAAGAGUAUUUUUGUCUGGAAACUCCAUUAAAAAAAGUAGUGGACAGCUAACAGUCAGGGAAGUUCAGCUCAGUUCUUCGUCUAUUCGCGCUAAGUCCGGCAGCCGGUUAAAUCCUUCAAUACAGAGCAGGUAAGGACGAGAACUCUAUAUAAAGACCUUUUUUAUGAAGAUGUAUGUCUCGUAGUCUAUGAUCUGACUUGUCUUAGUAAACUUUUAAGAGUUACUACUGACUGAGGAAUUUAUUCGUAUUGGAUUAUUGAAGUCUACUUUCCAACUUGAGUAAUGGAUGAUGGGUCGUUGUAUCCCUUACCUUUAUAAUUAAUAGCCUGAUUUCAGUGUGAUUUCACUUAACUUGGUUGUGAAAUAGAUAGCAGGCGCUACUUCACAGUAUUACACUCUAACUUCAUCACUUUAAUCGUAAUUGUUACGAGUACCGUGCUCAUAAGCUCUCAUACGCGUGACAUAAAAUCAUUCUAUCACGAUCAAACUGUCUCGAUAACUAUUAGGGCUAUUAGCAACCACGAGUUUUUUUCUAUAACUUCUCGGCUUACGAGCCCAAAGUCAGCUAACCUUGAUUACUUUAAGCCGGGACUUCAAGCUUCUCUUUUCCGUUUUACCGAAGCACAAAAUGUUGAAGCAAAACUAAGCAAACUUUAUCAGGAGUACUCAGUGGAGCCGAUAUUCAAAAAAGCCGUUCCUCAGGCAUCGUGAUGCUGGCUGGGAAGUAUGGCAUCCUAGAUAAAAUUUGGCUGGGAAUUAGUUAAGAAUAAUAGCUUGCUGGCGAUUUUUUCUACCGAAAUUAUUUUUGGCUGGGAGAUGACUCACAACGCUAGCCUAAGUAUCAGGCCCUCCUAAGGGGAUAGGGGAGAGGAGAUCUUUGAUGGGGGAGUGGGGAGAAGAGAAAGGUUUCUCUCCUUCAGCUCUCUCCCUAUUUCGCUUCCAUCUUUCCCCUUUUCCCCCAGAAACGCCUGAUACUCAGGCUAUCACAACGCCCACUUCCUGGCUCACACACUCUUUUUUUAUCGCUUUGCUGGGAAAAACUUCCAGCAGUUAACGCCCAGUACAACGCCGAUCAUAUGACGUGCGGAUGACAUCUGAAACUGUUUAAAUGAAAACUCUUCUACGCCCCUGUAUUCAAUAUCUGACAACUGGCUGUCAGCUCCUGUCAGUGUAAAAUCAACUGUUUCAUUCACUUUGCGCAUAGACCGGUACGUCCAGAGAGAGAGAGAGAGAGCGGCGGAAGUUUUGAACUGGCUGUCCAAACUGGAAUGCUUUAAAGAUAUCGGCUUCCUUGUUCGGAAUUGUGGUACGAAUUUUCUGGGGAUCACAGUCUAGUAUUGUUUUGUAACAGUAAGUGCUUACUAAUACUUGCUUUCUAACUCACUUUUUGCUAGUGACCGACAAAAUAAGUAUAGUUGUCUCGCAUUAGCAUAGCCUGCGAAGCGCAGACGCAUUUCCGGUCGUCGCUUCUCUCCCUCCGAAAAAUAUUUUUCGGAGGGAGGGAAGCGACGACCGGAAAUGCGUCUGCGCUUCGCAGGCUAGCAUUAGCACAGUUGAUAAGGUUCUCUUAUUGAAAUACUCUAUUGUAGCUGAUACAUCGUACACCAGUUUUGUAUUUGUAUGUGUUGUGUGAGCGGUCUGAACGAAUACUCGAAUUAACCGGAGUGAACUAAGCAUCGGAUAACGAAGAGUUUUCCGCCCGGUAAAUGUUAGACGUAGUUACUAAAACCCGGAACGACCCACAACGAUCCACAACGAUCCACAACGACCCACAACGAUCCCACAACGAUCCACAACGACCCACAACGAUGCACAACGUUGCGUUACAUAAACCGGAACUGACUGAGAACAAUUUACGCCCAUGUGAUUUUGUUAUAUAAUACGUUUUCCUUCAAGUGUGGCACGGAAUGUACUAGGUUUUUCAACAAGGAUUUUAUGAAGAUGUUUUUAAGUUGGCGAGUUUCUUAACUCUAUGUUUUUACGAGGCUGGACAAAUGUAAGUUUUCUGCAAUUUGUCUUCGUUUAUUUGACUGUCUUUUCGCUAGCUAAGGAUUCCCUUCUAAUUUUGUAUCAUUUCGCAAUUUUUAGCUUCAGAUUACCACAUUACUACGUUCUACCGUGUUGUUUAAAUAAAUACUGAAAAUCCAGCCUUUGCCGUGGUUUUGCUCCUUUGACCCAUCGGCCCAGUACUAUUUUAAGUAACGUCAACGUACCAUUCAAAUAUACAUGAGGUCUCUGCCUGUAAAGGGAAGCAAUUACGUACAAUGGAACUCGUGAUAGAUAUAUACUUGAGAUCUCUGCUGUCUUGAUGGUCAUUGUCAUAACACUGCAAUCCCAGUUCGCUUCGCUAGCGCAGAAAUGUUUACGGAGAACAAAGCUGAUGAAACUUUUCAUGUGUCUUAUACAUAUCUUUAUUCGAUGGCCGGCCGAAGAGACAUCGAUCGGACUUACAAAUGUGUCUCUGAAUGGAGAUUCUUUCUUCGUGAAAAGCUGCAUUUGCCCAUUUAUUUUGUCCUGUUUUUGACAACCCUAUGAAUGUGUUACCGGACUAUCAAAGGUAUUCUGGGUAGUUGUGAGUCGUUAUGUUUGCUAUUCAGUAUGCUUGUCAAUUUUUGGAAAAAAUUCGAAAGUUAAGUUUUUGAUAUUUUUUUCUUAGGUGGUUUCUUUUGUUGUGGGAUCGUUGUGGGUCGUUUUGAGAUCGUCCCAGGUCGUUUGAAGAUCGCUGUGGGUCGUUGUGG